AUGGCUCAUAUUGAGAUACCAAUGUCAUUUGAAAAACCGCAUUUAAUAAAAGAAGCGGAUCUAUUUACAAAAUUUGCAGGUGUUAGUCUGGAUGAAUCAUUUAUAGCUAUUCUUUAUACAAAUAAUAAUGAUAAAUUUGAAUUACGAAUGUAUAGAGUUAUAACUAAUGAAGUUACAAAUAAAAAAGAACUUUCCGAAGAACAUUCUCAAUCAUUAACAUUUUUUACUGAUGAAGAAGAUGAAAUACAAGAGCAAUAA